AUGACGAGGGCAGCCAUUUUGGUGUUCUGUUCGCUGCUUACCAGGGCGCUAUGUGUUAUAGCUCCACAAAUACCCGACUUCAAGACCGGUGACAAGAAGAUAAUCAACGGCCCGUUCUGGCAUGAGGCGUAUACGGAGAUAUACGAGGUGGAGGAUGAUGACAUAUCCACCACCACAUCUGAGCCGCUGCCGUUCUUCGAAGACGACGCAUCGACCAACAAUGUCACUGCGCAACUCGGCAGCAGGGUACAUCUACACUGUCGGGUGCAUGAUUUGGGCGAGAAGACGAUAUCCUGGGUCCGUCGUCGCGGUGAGGACCUGCACCUCCUCUCCUUCGGUCGGCAUACAUACUCCGCCGACUCCCGAUACUCUUUGGCCUUCGAACACCCAAACGAUUGGAGACUGCUCAUUCAGUACGUGAGCGAAAGAGACGAAGGAUUCUACGAGUGCCAGAUCUCCACUCAUCCUCCGUUGGUGCGAAGAAUAUACCUGUCUGUUGUUGUGCCAAAAGUGGAAAUCGUCGACGAGCGGGGUCGCCCUCUACAGGACAAGUUCUACAAAGAAGGCUCCAUCAUCGAGUUGCGUUGUGUCGUCAGCGAGGUCCCGCAGCCGACUAGACAGGUCAACUGGAAACACGGCACCAGACUCCUCAACUAUGAUACGAAGAGAGGAGGUGUCAGUGUGAAAACAGAAGCAACGUCAAACGGCGCCCUAUCGCGGUUGUAUAUAGCGAAUGCAAAUAGAAAUGACUCUGGGAACUAUACGUGCUCACUAGCAGACGUCGCCGCCUCCGCCGUCUCCGUGCAUGUGCUUAGAGGCGAGAAUCCUCUGGCAAUGCAACGAGGGGGCGGGGCUGCCACACAUCCACUGCUGGCUAUGUUGGUCGUCGUCCUUAGCUGA